AUGCGUCGCCUCAAGACGGAGCUAUCAUGGCUUCGACGUCGGGGGGCAGUGAAGACAGACGACCCCCCUCAGCAGCAACAGGUGGUGGGUGUUGGGGUAGGCGUGGGGGCGUCGUCGAGGGCGUGUGGUCGGUGCCGCGUGGAGCUGGGGCUGAUUAUCAACAGAGGCGCGGUGUGCAGGGCGUGUAGGCAGAGGGUAUGUAAGCAGUGCCGGGAAUUUAGCGUGAAUGGCCGCGACUGGGUGUGCAACGUCUGCCAUAAGCACAUAGAGAUUCAGCUGGCUUCAGGAGAGUGGAUGAACGAGUUUAUCCGUCGGCCGAGUCGUCGACGAGAGAAUAAGGUGUAUGUCCCCCCGGCCGAUGUGGUCAAGCGCUCCCUCAUCAAGCGAUCAUGGACCAUCUCAAGGUGUGACCUGCGGGAGGAUGGGACGCGGAGGAACCCAAAUAUUCCACGUCCGGCGAGUGUGGAGCGGACCUCACCUGAGCUACGGCCCUCCUCUACCCCACAUAAACCACCUCGGGGGCACCGCACACCCACAGACGAAAACGAGCCCCCGUGGGACUCACCGCACUACCCUUCCCGGGGGGCGCCGCCCCGCCGGUAUAGCAUGAGCAGUUUUGACGGUGUACCACCAGGUCCACGUCAUCUGAAGGGCCCCGCGCCCCUCCCACCUCAAGGCCAGUACCCCGACAGCCCGGGCUCGCCACAUUCCUACACCCUACAGCGUCAACUCUCCAUUGACUCCCCUCCAGUGCCACAGCGGCGUCGCCUGCUGCCUGACCUGCCCCAACAGUCCGUCCGUAUUCCACCCUCCAAGCCUGAGCGGCCGUCCACCCUGCCCCGCAAACUCCGUCAGGCCCGAGAACCCCACGACCAGCCUAGCGAUCCCCACCUCUCCCCCAGCCUAGCACACGACCCCAGUAGGUUUCAUUCUAUGCCUCGCACACGAGCGCGCUCCCCUAGCGGACCGGGCCGGGGGCGCUCAGAGCCCUCUCGGCGCUCACAGUCCCCAGUGAUGCCGCUGAGGGAGAACCCAUCCCUGGGUGGCUACAUCAGCUCAGGGCCCAUCACCAGCACACCCAUCAACCACGAUCCUGCCAUCAUCCACCACAGGCGCAGUGCUCCCCCACCCACGCCUGCCCCCAGGGAACACUCGCGCCGUCAUGGUAGCAGCCGACCCCCUGACCAGGGCACGCCCACCUCUAAGCUACGUCGGCACCCCCAUGCUCCUCAAGGGGUGACGCGGAUCAUCGAGAUAGAAGUAGAGGGUCAGGACGACCACUCACCAGCCUCCAGGACCAACUCCGGCUUGAGCGUCUCCUCCCGGGGCACCUCAGACAACAGUGACUAUGACGGCGACGCUUCCGGGGUAUUCACCAAGGUGCCUUCCUCAUCCCGUCCACGACAGGCUACCUCCCCGCCUGCGCCCCGCCCACGCCAGGCCACAUCCCCAUCUGCACCACGUCCUCGUGAGGCCACAUCUCCUCCAGCAUCACGCCCACACCAAGCUGCCUCUCCAUCAUCUUCCCACCUGCGGUACACAACCUCACCUCCCAUGCAGCACCCACGCCAGGCAGCUUCCCCGCCCUCGACACAUCCACGCCCAAACGCAUCGCCCGCCAUGGUACACCCGCGCCAGCCAUCAUCGUCACACCCUCACCUGGCAGCCCCCUCACCCAGCCUCAUGACCUCAGGCUUCGCGACGACGGGUCGGCCUCGGAAACCUUCACACAACCCGGCGGGGGUUAGACGAAGCCGCUCUUUCCAGGUGGGUUCCCCUCGACGUGAUGACGAGUACCCGGUUCCUCUGUCGAAGGAGUCCCUCUCUGGCCAGGUCGCUCGCUAUGUCAAGGAGCUGGAGCGGGGCAUCCAGAUGACGGUAGAGAACAUGAUGCCCAAGAAACACUCGCUGGCCUUAGGGGAACACCCUCGACCACCUCCUAGUCCUUCCAAAGACUCCUCCAGCCGGAGCCUCAGCCUAGGCCGCCGCCCCAAGGAGAAACUGCCGCCGACCACUCCUCUCAAUGAUACCAGUGACACAGGUACCUCCAAGGAGUGCGAUGAUCGCUCCCCCCAGCGUCACUCAGACACCGCCUCCUCCCAGCGUCACUCAGACACUGCCUCCUCCCAGCGUCACUCAGACACCGCUUCCUCCCAGCGUCACUCAGACACCGCCUCCCCCCAGCGUCACUCAGACACCGCCUCCUCCCAGCGUCACUCAGACACCGCCUCCUCCAGCGUCACUCAGACAAUGCCUCCUCCCAGCGUCACUCAGACACCGCCUCCUCCCAGCGUCACUCCAGACACCCCUCCCUCAGCGUCACUCAGAUACUGCCUCUUCCCAGCGUCAGACACCGCCUCCUCCCAGCCUCACUCAGACACCGCCUCCUCCCAGCGUCACUCAGACACUGCCUCCUCCCAGCGUCACUCAGACACCGCUUCCCCCCAGCGUCACUCAGACACCGCCUCCUCCCAGCGUCACUCAGACACCGCCUCCUCCCAGCGUCACUCAGACACCGCCUCCGACAUCGUCCUCGAUGCCGAAAAGAUCUUGCCGGAGGGGGACGACUACAAGCUGGUGUUCAUCAGUUCUGAUUCUUCUAAAGACUCCGAACUCAAUUCUUCUAUAGACUCGGACAACUCAGGGUCACCCUCGAGACGGGUGUCGAGUGCGAGCGCCGUCAACGACUCUGACACCGCCGGGUUCAUCGACGAAAGUGACUGGGACUACUUCGAGUCGGAGUCGCAAGCUGGACGACGUCGUAAAGUAAAUGGCGCCACCCCACGUGUGUUCAUCCCAGCCCGUGUGGACGCGAGCGUCAUGACGGACGGGGAGUACCUGAGCGGCGGGGCCUCAGAGGGCGAGGAGAGCGACACAGAGUCGUCUCGGGUCAAGGAUGUAUCACUACAGUUGUCGUUGAGGGUACCGUCUCCUGUCGCUCCUCCCGCCCACCUCCGCCAGGACAGUGACGUCAAGGGCAAAGAGGGCGUGGGCGCCCAAAAUGACCACAGCACGCCCACGACAUCCGUCCCCACCCAACCUCUCCUCACACCCAUCACUGCCAUGGACACUAAGGAGCUGCACGCCAUGUUACGACAGACGGAGGCGGUGCAAGCGGAAGCUCAAGCACUCCAGGCAGCUCUGAUGGGCGCCUUCACCCCACCAGACCCUGCCCUGAGUGCCACGUCCGGCGGGCGGUGGUUCAAGAGGGGCGACUCCACUCGUAGCUCCGCCGAGAGGUCAAUGGGCGAGUUGUCGUGUCACGACCAGGUGCGGGCCGCGGGCUCCCCACACGACUCCCCGGCCCUCAGGGAGUACCGCAAGAGGGUCCUGACAGAGAUCCAGAACUACUACGGCGUUAACCAGGGCACCAACAUGACGAGUCGCGGGCGGCUAGACUGGUACAGUUACCUCACUCAACACCACCCUCGCCCCGCCUCCCCCGCCCCUCCCGCAGCCUUAUCUCGCUUAUCAUAUCAGCGGAAAGAUAAACCUAACAAACUGGUGGUGACUCGUGGACAAGGAACUAGUGUCAAGCCGUCGUCCACAGUGGGUGGCAGUGCGCAAAGGUCCAGUCGGGAUAUUUGUAUACAAACUGAUCCAGACCCCGCCGUAGUGACCUCCAGCUGUGACGAGGAACUCACACCUGAGCCCCAGAAGGUCUCCCCAGCGCCCCCUAGGCUCCUCCUGCGGGGGCCCCUCAACAACCACACCCUACAGGCCGCCGCCGCCGCCACACUGUCCUCCAUGGUAAAGGCAACACCUCCAAGGACGCGGGGAUACACGGAGUCCUGUGGCGGUGACGGCGGCGGUGUGAGUGUUGGCGGCGGUGGUGGUAGUAGCGGGGGCCGGGAGCGAGAGGGGGGAGAACUCACCCCCCACCUGCCUCACCCUCCCUCUAUCCACCUGCACCUCACGCUAAGUCGCGAGACCUCAGUCGCGCACCCGUCCGACUCUGAGACGGAUGAGAGGCUCGUGGAGUACCAUUCGUCCUUCAGUAGUGAUCUAGGGGGGGAGUCAACCAGUGAUUUCGAGUACCAGAACGAAUCUAGUGAGCGUGUGAAAACCUUGGAGACCCACCUGAGGGAGGAGAAGGAGCGUGGAGAUGUAAGGGCUGGCAGGGUGUUAGGAACAGAGGCCAGCAAGGAGCAUGGCGGCCGUGGAGGGGGGGAGGAGGAGGUGCCGAGGUCCCCCCGCAUAGCAGCAGCAGCCAACACCACCAGCCACACCACCACCACCACACACGCACUCUCCACCACACACGCCCCCAACACAGCCACACGCACCUCCACCACCACCACACACACACCCACCACCACACACACACCCAUCUCCAUCAAACACACGCCCACCAUCACUACCACACGCCCGCCGCCGCCCCAACCCGCACCCAGGACCACCAUGAGUGCCCCACGUCCACACCACCGUCAUGGCCCACGCCCUCGCCGUCAGCCACUCCAGCAGCAGGAUACACAGGGUGACCUCGACGCCCCGGAGAGAGUUAUCCAGGUGGAGGGAGCAUCUCAACCCGCCUCCCCGCACCUUGUCCUGCAGCCCGUCCACCACGACACCACGCCCUCCAGCAGCACCAGCGAGGCCGAGGAUACCGACGAGGACGUUCACGUGUCUCGUAGUUAUGAUAUUGUUCCUGCUGACGAGGUAGACGGUGAGAGUGAGGUCGAGGAUGUCCUAACGGAGGGUGACGUGACCUCCAACCUCCUCGAGGCUGAGCAGCAGGGUGAUGACUCCUCCUCGUCCUCGAUCGACGGUGACACUGACGAGGACAAACACGUCAGUAAGGAGUACAGCCUCACGAGAUCGUCCUCGUCUGACACGGACUUCCACAAGUCAGACGUUGACGAUACUCCUGAGCACACCACCGCCGUCCUCGCCACAGUGCCCCUCGAGGACGAGGACGUGGUGGAGGCUGUGAACGCCGCCCUCAUCCGUGACGUGGUGGAUGAGGUGGACGACGCAGGGGCACAAGAGGCUGUGGAGGCCAUCAAUCACCACGUCUGUGAUCUCACACUCGACGAUGUUGUUAUCACCUGGCCCGACGAUGACGUGGCCGAGGCGUCAACAACAUUGUCAUUUGAUACUCAAGAACAAAUGGUGGGUGAAGAGAAGACGAGAGAAGAGAAAAAUAAUUCGGGACAAAAUAACGACGAUAAGAGAUAUGUGCGGUUUAGUGACGUAGAUAAAGGCGUAAUAGACUCCUCCAGUGCGUUGAGGGAGGAAGAUGAUGAUGGUGUUAUGGUGGAGGAAAUUACCACAAGUGUUGGAGAAAAUCUGGUGAGUGGGGAGAGUACUAGUGAUGGAGACAGUGGGGGAGACAGUGCUAUAGGUGUGGGUGAGAGUAGUGUGGUAGUGAGCGGUGAUAGUGAGAGUGUGCUCGGUGAUAGUGAGAGUGUGCUCGGUGAUAGUGAUGUCGUCUAUAGUGAACAAAUUACCUUAGGCAGUGACCGCGGGGAGGUGUGUUGUGAUCAGACCACUGACCCUCACACACCACCCACCUCUGACACUGUCCUCAAGUCCGAGGUCACAGUUACGCCAGAGGUCACAGUUACGCCAGAGGUCACAGCUGCACCAGAGGUCACAGCUGCACCAAAGGUUACAGUUACGCCAGAGGUCACAGUUACGCCAGAGGUCACAGUUACGCCAGAGGUCACAGCUACAUCUGAAGUUGUAAGUAUAUCUGAAGCAGGUGUUCCUGAUGUAGAAGCUAACGCUGAAUUCACACCUGUAUCUGAGAUGGAAGUAACUCUUGAGGCCACAGCUGUACCUGAGUCAUCUGCACCAGAGAUUGCAGCUGUAACUGAUGCAUCUGCGCCAGAGGUUGCAGCUGUAUCUGAGGCCACAGCUGUACCUGAUGCACCUGUGCUAGAGGCCACAGCUGUACCUGAGUCAUCUGCACCAGAGAUUGCAGCUGUAACUGAUGCAUCUGCGCCAGAGGUUGCAGCUGUAUCUGAGGCCACAGCUGUACCUGAUGCACCUGUGCCAGAGGCCACAGCUGUACCUGAGGCACCUGCGCCAGAGAUUGCAGCUGUAACUGAUGUAUCUGCACCAGAGUUUGCAGCUGUAUCUGUGGCCACAGUUGUACCUGAUGCACCUGUCCCAGAGGCCGCAGCUGUAUCUGAGGCCACAGCUGUACCUGAAGCACCUGCGCCAGAGGUCGCAGCUGUUUCUGAGGCAGAAAUUAGAUCAGAGGUCGCGGCCAUAACAAAGGUGACUCCCGAGGACCCAACAGAGGCCAUGGCAGCUACUGUGAAGACGACGGACACAGAGGUCACUACUCCCACACACGACGAGUCUGUUACAUUACAGGAGUCCACAUCAAUACUGGGGGUCAUAGUUACACCUGAGUCUGAGGUGGCACCAACAGACGGCCACCAGGAGGACAAGACAUCCAGGUGUGGCUGCCCUCUGGAGGAGCAGGCUUCUUCAGGAGGGGAUGAGGCCAUGUUGAGGUUCUCAGGUGAGGCGGUCGUCACCCCAGGGGGAGAGAGACAGCCUCAGGAGUCGUCCCCGGGAGACCCUGUCUGGGACACCUGCCACACCUGUACAGCUAGUGCAGGUGUUGUUGCCGAGAUGGAAGAAAGGGAGAGGGAGAGUGUGGGUACUGUGCCCCCAGGGCCCAGCAGCCUGCCCGGGCACACCAGGGAGAGUGAAGAACCAUUCCUGGGAGAAAGUGAAGGGGCGGAGUAUGGUGCUGAAAGUAAUGGGGUGAUGGAGGGUGAGGGGCCCGGACCUGCUGGCACUCAUGCUGACGCCGGAAGUGAACAAGUGGAACACAGCACCGCGGUGGCUCACAGCUGCGGCCACACAUCAGUAACACAUGACGCGCCCGCGGGCCCGCACGUGUCAGCCGCCGCUCCCCACACUGUGAGUGACGUUACCAGUGCACCAGCGGACACGGCGCCGCCCGGAGAGGUACGUGGCUCCCUCCAGCAGGAUAUAAUACAGUGUGAUAUUACCAAAGUGAAGAAAGAUAGUGUCGAGGGAGAGUCUAGUGAGUCAGGUCACUCUAGUGCUGGUGAGAGUGAGGUGGAGGGGGACGACCCCGGUAAUGUGGUCAAGAUCAAUGUGACGGAGGACGACGGCGUCAGCAUCCCCGUCAGCGUGUUGGGCGAGGGUGUGGGGCAGGAAGUGAGGAGGUUCGCAGUGAGGCGGGUACGCUCGCCGGAGAUAGUGUCGCGCCACACCCCACCAGUGCCCUCACGACGCACCAAACGUUCCUCCUCCUCUGACGGCGUCUCAUCCUCCUCUGACAUUGAGCGUUCUGACGCCGACGCAAGUGACUCCGCCGACACCGUGGUAGAGGGAGGUAAGCUGCACGCUGAGCUGCGCAGGUUCGCACUCCACCAGCGCCGCCACGACCACGACGACAAGGGUCGUGAUUCUGACGGUCCUUCAUCAGCUGACUCCGUCCUCCACGGUGCCGACAGCGAGUCUCAGUGUUCCGACAACAGCGAGGAGGGUAACCUGGUAUCCAUUGUGUCUGUUGGGGAUGAAGACGACCACACCACGCGCAUGUCCUCCCAGGGCAGGAUAUACAUCAGGUCAGACUCCACGGACUCCGAUGUACAGAUUAAACCAACGUGUAUUGUGGUGACAGGGUCGUCAGGGGCGGAGUCCGGAGAGGACGGUGACGCUGAAGGUAUCAACACUAAGCGUAAUAUCAAGAAUGAAGGUAACGACGUGACCAUUCUAGAGGUGACGAGUGACGUACGACGUGGCCACGUCAUGUCAGUGCAUGUCACAAGUCCAGACUCCUCCCGCAGUGCCUCGCCUGCACGGAGGAGUCAGGUGAGCGAGCUGCAGUCCAUGAUCCUGACAACUCGUGAGCGUCAGCAGCAGUUCCGAAGGUCCCCGACAGAGAUGAAAGAGUCGUCCUCGAGUCUGGCCAACUACUUCACCCUCACACUGGGCACAGACUCACCUCACGCUCCCAGAAGACUCAACAAAACUCCAGAAAUUCGUCGUCGUAAAAUUGACCGUCCUGAGACCUUGGAAUCGCCCGCCCCCACAAGUCCCACAAGCCCAGCUCAAACCCCUGACCACUCCGAGGGGGAUCUCCUGGCCUACGAGGAACACCACGGCAUCGACAUCGAGGAAGAGUACACUAACACCCAGGAGUAUGACUCGUGGGAGGAUGGAGAGAGAACAGUCACCUUCCCUGAGGAGAUCGAGUUUGACGAAGACGUCUCGUUUGAUGAGGUCAAUCAGGAGUUUGUCGAGGGGGGCGAGUUCGAUGGUCAAGAUAUUUAUAUCGAACAUGAGGCUGAGGGACGCUUUGACUCCAUCGAGGAUGUCGAGUCUGUCAACAGUGAGUCGAACUACAGCGAAUCUUCAGGCGACGAGACCUACGACCGAGAGAUUGAACUUCGUGGGUACUGUAACAGAGCUAUCGACUUCACCCUUCACACCAUCAUUGAGGAGAGCUGCGAGGAGAGCGAUUACGAGAGAAAGCCGAAAGAGGAAGAUGGGGCCAAGGCCGACCCAUCUGAGCUGGAGAAGUACUUCUACUUCGACCUUGGUAACGGUCCCGCUGACUCCAAGAGAUAUGCCAACGAGGAGAGUGAGUACAGCGACACUUUCUCCGAGACCUCGAGCUCCAUCUUCAGCGAGGGACUCGAUGUUGACCCCAAUAAUGAAGAGGACGUUGAUCCUGCCGAGCUGGCGUCAUCCAGGCUAGAGAAGUACUUCCUGACGGGGUUCUUGGGGCUUGAGCGCCAACCGUCCAUCAGGUCCAUGGGUGAAGACUCUGAGCUCCACACUGACGAGAGUGGGUCCGUCGGCAGUGACUCAGAGGGGUCACCCAGCCCCGAGCAGCCCCGAAAGAAGCUAGUUAGACGACCUCGGGGGUUUCGUCCAGGCGUCAUCAAUAGAUCUUUGGCGACGGCCGAGCGAUGGGAUGGCUCCCCGAGUGAUGGGUCGCACCACUCUGAAGGGGAUGAUGUGGACAGGACCUUGGUGAGUGGUGAGGACGAGGGGUCCACAGAGUCCGAGGAAACAGCCUUCGACAAGGGAGAUGGACAGUUCGAUACCAUAAAGCGAAGAAAAAAGAAAAAGGGUUCAGGGGAUUAUUCCGACAAGAAGUCCGACAGUGAUAAGAGUGAACUGAGAACGCUGGAGCAACACGAGAUAGAACACAGGGAGGAAAUAUGUGAGCUGAAAAAUUCGGAGGCACUCAAGUCUCUGGUGCAUGAAGGAGAAAAAGUGACAAAACGUGUGACAAUUGAAUGUGAUAGAGAGAGCAGAGAGAGGUGUGACGAGAGAAUGGAAAAGGAAGGUGACCUCUCGGACCGGAAGUACCUAAGUCGAGACAGUGGUUUCAUUGGGAGUUCUGACGACUUGUUAAAGGAUAAGCCCGAGGACAACCUCAAGGAACAUAAGUCUCGCUUGUCCUCAGAGUCCAGCGUUGAGGAUGGUGAGUCCUCCUCGAAAAGAAACGACCAGGCACAAAACGUGUCGAGUAAGAAUGAAGAGAGCAAGAGCGACAGUUUCGACAACGACAGCAACAAUAACAAAUCAGAGAACGAGGAGCGUAGUAGCGGGGACGGCAAGGUGUCGAGGUCGAGCACUGGCUCCUCCGUCGACCUGCCGCCCUUCUCCCCCGACAAAAUAAGGAACAAGAUCUGUCGCAAAGAUUCCUUUAACAACUGGAGCUCUGACGAGGAGACCAACAUGAUGAUGAACAAGAUGCGCGCCUUCUUCAAGACUAUGAUCUCCAACACCCGCGAGGCGCCUAAGGGGCAUCGGGUCAAGCCUCCACAGUUACUGGCAUUUGAAGCCAAGUUAACGAAUCUCAUGAAGACGGUGCCUGGCAUCAAUGACUCGCAGGUGAAGGAGAUCGUCGAGUACCUGAGCUCGGAGGACACCUGGAGUGACUCCUAUGAUUCCUCCGACUACACUAGCAGUGACCUGGAGGGCGCCUAUGCCCUUCUUGACCAAGCAGAUCCGGAGAUGAGGAGUGACUUACAGGAACAGAUCUCGGCUUCUUGUCAACAAAUAAUUCAGAAGUUUGACCAGAGUCGCGAGCCAAGUGACACUGACAGCACUCACUCGCUCUUCGAUGGACGAGCGUGUUCUGAGAGCUCUGAAGACGCUUCUCCCUCCAGCAAGGACACCGCGUUUGUGUACCAGCGGCUUAUGUCCUCCAUCUCCCGCCUGAAGCCUGACAGUGACAGGGGGAGCAUAGGGUCCGGGUCACAGGGCGCCUCGCCGCCCCUGCUGGCUAAGGUGAUGCACCACAUAGGUAACCGCCUGGUAGCUCUCAUGCACGAGGUGUCUGGUGGCAGUGAGAACGGAGACGACGACUCCCUCAGUGGCGGCCACCCCGUCACCUCCAGCCCAAAGGUUUCACUCUUCAUCCCCAAGAAACAUAAAUCCGUCGAUUCCAUUUCCAUCGACUCCUCCGUUGAGAAAAGCUCCUUAACCAGCACUAGUUUUGAGUCAGAGGACAGUCCCACCGACACCGAACAGUCCCCUGAGUCUGACCCCGGCACACCCAAGGCCCGCAAGCGUCAUGGGCCGCUCUCGAUCAUCAGCGAACGGUCCUCGGCGGAAGAUUUCACCUCCCUGGAGAGUCAACGUACCGUGUUUGCCUCUCACGAUUCCCCGCGGCACCAGGCCCGCCUCGACGCCACCCGUCCUCAGCACAACACGACGUCAGAGCGCAGCCUGGAGGAGCGAGGAGUGACUAACAUACAGUACUUCGUGACGGAAGGCAGCAACAAUGAGGUGGAAGUCUGGCAGAGCGUCACGAUUGAUGAAGACAAAUUCGACGCUCGGGAGCUUCAUGGUGUGCCACGUGCACGACGUAGCGCUCGACGGCAGGAGGCCAGGAAGGCCAAGAGCCACAUGAGCCUGGAGAAGAUCCACCAGGAAGAGGUUAAGGCCACGGGCGAGAGGUCAGAGUCACUCGGGGACCUGCUGGACCGCGUCCGUUCUUCAGAAUUCUCGAGUAGCUACGAGCAGCUAGACUCAGACUCUACACUCAAGGCGUCGGACUCGCUGGACCGACACAUCGGGAGUAGUUCCUCAAACAUCCGUUUGAAUGCCUCCAGUCGUGGGUCUCUCACCACCAGCAGCCGGGGCAGCCUGGCGGCGUCUAGUCGGGGUUCCCUAAACGCCGGUUCCCGAGGCUCCCUCCAGGGAUCUUCCGGUCCCGAGGAGGAGGAUGAAAAGAAGCCCAAAAAGCUGAAUUUCUUCCGGUACGCCAGACGAUCAUCCAUGCCGGACACAAGCAAGGAUCGCAUGUCACCAGAAGUCCGCUCCACAACACUACCUCGAUCAAAUCCCACCCAGGUGGCCUCCACGGCCUCCCUCCCACGAUCUCAGUUCGCCCUCCUCAACAAGACUAAUUCGUCCGUCACUUCCUCCACACACACGCCCUUCGCCUCUCCUCCCUCUACCCUGGAUAGGGCAUCCAUCACGGGACCUCGUUCUGCUCGUUACCACGCCCCAGGAUAUCGUCCACCCCCACCCACCACGCUUCCCAAACGCAUCAUCUCCACCUCCGGCUUCACCUCCCUCAGGAAGGACGCGGUGAGCAGCUGGGCGCCUCAAGGUAAGACAAAACACCAUUUAAUGACUUUUCACCUUCUCACGCACGACCCAUGA